GAAUAAAAUUGUAUGUACUUGGACGUGAAAUAACUAUGAAUGCAGAAUUUUUUAUUUACGUCUUUUACUCUCGUACACAUAAAAUUUUAUACGAGUAUCUAUUACGCGAAUUCGCGAACAUAAAGUGAUGAGUAUUCCUCGAGUUCGGAUGCUUAUUUGGAAUCCGUGAUUUGGUGAUAUAGUAUGUUGAGCAAAUUGAACUCAGCAAUAAGUACGAGUGAGACGAGCGAUGAGAAAAAAUACCGGUGAAAUGUGCUUAAUGGUGUUAGCAAACAAGUAGAUGAUAAUUGCAACAUGUAUUCGAAAAGAAUCCUAGUCCGAGCAGAGCCAUUUUGUGGCACAGGUCUGAUAUCAUUCCACAUAUACUACGCCGAGCACAUCUGUGCUUACCUAAGCUUCACCGGAAGCAUAAUCGGAUCAACUCUGAACAUAUUCAACAUCAUCGUAUUCACCAGGAAAUCCAUGAUCUCGCCCAUCAACCUGAUCUUCGCCAAUCUAGCGUUCGUCGACUUAGCCGGCAUUGUUGCCUACAUGCCACGCAAAUGGCACGAAUUCGUACGACUGCUAAUGUAUUCUGUCAAAGAUCACAGGGUAUACGAAUGGGAAACUGUAUCGCUUUAUUCUUGGCAUAUCACCAGCAUAUUUCACGGGAUAUCAAUCUGGUUCACGAUAAUGUUGGCUGUCUGGCGAUACAUUGCUAUCGCACAUCCUUUAAAGGAACGCGAAUGGUGUAGCAUGAAAAACACCAGGAUUUUUCUGUCUGCGGGAUAUGUGGCGUUUCCUUUGAUCUGGAUACCGGCUUAUUUCGACUUCAGAGUUAGAGAAAUUGAGACGUUACUGGAUGCAGACGGAUUUCUCACCUCGAAUAAGACUAUCGGUAUUCCUACCACGAUUUACAAAAUGCAAGCUAAUAGUAAACUGAACAAUGUGUCUCGAACGCUGAGCAUGAUAUUGUAUGGAAUUAUCAUGAAAGUAGUGCCAACAGUCGUUCUGUCUGUUUACAGUUACAAAUUAAUCGUAGCUCUCCUGCGAGCGAAAAAACGUCGCAAAGAAUUAACUGCCACAAUGUACGAAAGAACCAAUUCAACCAACACAAAACAGAAACAAUCCGCAGAUCGAACAACAAAAAUGUUAUUAGUAGUAUUAGUAUUAUUUUUUAUAUCCGAAAUGCCUCAUGGUAUAUGUUGCAUAUUGUCGAUAAUCUUCGGCUACAAAUUUAUGGCAGGAUGUUACGCGUAUUUAUUUGAGAUUUUCAACACGGUGACGUUAUUUUGCAUGUCGGCUAAUUUUCUAAUUUAUUAUAUAAUGAGUCAACAAUUUCGAAACACUUUUAACCAAUUGUUUAGUUGUAAGUCGACACCAGCUCAGCGAAAACCAGCCUUCACUGUGGCUGAGAAUCGAGUACCAUACGAUGCUUCUACUCGAUCGAGUAUCACGACGCUUAAUUCGACUCGAUCAUCGAGUAUUACGACUAUCUCUUCUAGUGAUAUAAUAUAAUGCAGUGAUACACACAUGUAAUAAGAUUUGAUGAAGAGAAAAUUUUCAUUCAAAUAAAUUAGUCAAAUUAAAUUUCUCAUUUUUUUCUCUCUCAAUUUUUCGGUUUUGUGGACGACACCGCAACCCCAAAUCUACUGAAAACUGAACCAUUCCUAUUCCUACAUCUCAUCGUUUCGUUGGGAAAAGUGUUUGCAAAAGAUAGCAGUUUUUUAAAAUUUUCAAAAAUUCACAAAAAAUCCAAAAACGAACUUUUUUUCUCAAAAUUAGGGUUUGAGAGCUUUUGAAAAAUAUGAGCACACCUUAUACUUCGGCCGGAAAGAAGGUGGAUCACAGUUUAUUAUCCAAGUCAAAAUUUUCCUAUUUUCAAUAACUGGGAAAUCUUUUAUAAAAAUUAAAACUUCGAAUGAGUCAAAAAAGAAACUUUUAAAACAGUUUUGGUGCAGUAAAAAGGAUUUUCUUGCAGGUUAAAUAACACAGCAGGAGUUUUUCUAGAAUGGACAAGAGCAAGUUUUUCAAUAAUACCACUUUUUUGAAAUUUUAGCAUUCAUCAAGAAAUUUGAAAAAUUGUUUCAUGUGUGAUGGGGGGAAGGGAGGCGAAACACAUAUAUAGGAACAUGUUUAUUCAAGUGAAAAUGUGAAAAUUUUUGAAUUUUCCAAAAGGACAAAAAACACAAAAAAAAUUCAAGGAAAACAAAAAUUUGAACUCGGGUUUGAAAAAAUUAUAAUAAGUAAUAAAGAAAAUUAGAACAAGGACUUGUAAAGAGCAGAUAUGCCUUAACUCCGUAGAGAGGUAGGACAAUAACCUCUCGUUGGAGGUUAUAUUGUAACCCUUCUUUCGAAGAAGUUUAACAUACCUACUUCUCCUACAUUUCUGGGGCCCAACCCAGUUGGGUGAAAAUCUGCUCUUACGCGACAUAAAAACGUGGGCAGGAGAUUUAACACUUUACGCCAAUGCCUUUUCUGCCCAUAAAUCGGCGCGUAUUUUAUUUACGCGUAAAAAUCUGCCAUUGAUCAAUAUUCUUGAAAAAUUUUUCGGCACUAGCGGGGAUCAAACUCGGGGUCCCCGGAUCUGAAAGUGGACUCCUUACUACCUACUCCACCAGGGAACUGGUAGAAGAGAACAAAUAUUCAUAUACUAACCUAUAACACACACGCAAAAUACCACAUUUACGCGCGUUUUUCAGCAAAUACGCGAUUAAAUACGCUACGAAAUUUUUGCAUAGCGUAUUUUGUGGCUGGUUUUUUCAAUGUGCAAAAAUACACCACCUAAUUUAGAAGCGUAGCGGCUUUACGCGAUAAAAAUACACUACGAAAUAUUCUUGUGGCGUGUUUAUCAGCAGAAAUUUUAUUCUGCUGUGCAGAAAAUGUAACAACCUAAAAAGUCGCUUCAAAUUACGCCCGUGAAUUGAAGCGCGAUUUUGAAAACUGUAAAAUCUGCUGCAUGGCAGCAGUUUAAAGUUGCGUUGAAGUAUAAAACACCAAUUAAACUGCUCUUUACCGCGUAUUUAUUGGCAGAAGAGUAGAUUUUCACCUAACUGGGAAGGUAACGUGUACGAAUACAUCCGAGUGUAGGUCUCUCCAAGCUCGGACACAUACCCUUGAACUUUCGACUAUAUAACCCAUUGCACAGGCCAUAUCCAGGUUCUCAUUAGUUUCUAAAUAAUGUCUUAAGAAGUUCUGAUUUUUUGGGUAAAGUGUUUGUAGAAUAAAUCUCUGACAGUCUGCUUCACAGGCUGGACUUGGAAUAUUUUCCAAAAAAGUAUAAUGUUAAUGUAAAUCCUCUUACUAAGUAUGAGCCCCCUUAAGGAUGGUUCUGUGCUUCGUUUUGGUAAUCGCAAGUGCUAAUUCGAUGUUCGGUUCCUACCCUCAGUAAUUAUCGCCGAUUAAUCCCUUAGGGAUCUAAUCCGCUAGCUUUUUGAUGUAACCCACUGCGAGGUUAACUAAUAUGUUUUGUAUUUUAACAUUAAUCAUGUUAUGUCGAUUGAUUAAUGAAAUUUUGGAGAAUACCUCAUUCGAUCCGGAUCUUGAGGAAUUCGACCCCUGGCAAAGUGUAUCUACCACCAAUACCCUGUGACGUGCUUAGUAUGAGUAGCACCCCAACAAGCAGGGAACGUGUACAGUGUUGAGGCAGGAGAUGUAUCCUAAAUCCUGUCCGGGUUGCGUUUGCCUGAUCAAAUUAAGGUAAAAUGAAUCAUCCCCUUUAUUUGAUAUGCUUAAUCUUUUCUAAGUUUUAACUAACUUUUCGGGAAAUAACUACAAAAUCUGCUUAACUACUAGUUUAGUGUAGCAUUAGGUCGAUAAUACCUAUUUUAGAUUAAUUAUGACUUCGAACCCCAUAAUUAAUACAAGUACGCAAUUGUUUUAUAUCAAAUAAUACAAUUUGUAAAACAAU